AUCACAACGAUAUAACAGUACAGCAGCUUGGUUCACUGGGCCUAGCUGUUUUGGAGACACACAAUGAAGUUAGUAAUAACCUCAGCUGUACUCCUAUGUGUCUUGUCUUACGGGCUAACGGCGCAUACAGGUGCAUGUUUCAAAGACAUACUACUUUCAAAUAAUGGUGUGCAAAACGUAACAUCUCCAGGAUUCCCGCAGCCCUACGGCCCUAAUGUCACCUGCGGAUGGAAGAUACGUGCAUCUUCAAAGGAUCAUCUUGUGGGCGUUUAUAUUGCAUCCUUUCAAUUAGAAGAGUCGGGAAAGUGCCAGGGAGCCAGUUUGUCCUUCUAUGAUGGAUCAGAUACUUCGGGUGGACUACUGUUACAACUGUGUGGCAUUGAAGCAAAAGAAAGCAGCGUCUUAAGCAGCGAUGACACCAUGUUCAUAGAGUUUGCUUCCGGUGCUGUCUCUAAUGGAAUAGGAUUUUCCCUCAUAGUCAUCGACGUUGAACAAUGCGGUGGAAGGUUAACAGCCACAUCAGAUUCACUGAACCUCACUUCCCCUGGGUAUCCGUACACCUACUUCAAUAAUCUGACGUGCAUAUGGAUUAUAACAGCUGAAAAUGAAAAUGACACUAUUGCUGCAGUAACUAAGAGCUCAGACAUAUACCCAAAUACGGAACCUUGGAAUAUGCGGGAUGGCGAUAUGGUUCGUGUUUUUAACGGAAACAUAACUGGAGAGGAGCAAUAUCUUGGGGCAUUUAAUUCAACCAACACGCCUACGUAUUACAGUUCAAAGGAUUCACUGUUGAUAGAGUUUACAACUGAUGGCUCCAUAACUAGGCAAGGCUUCAGGAUGGAAUAUACUGCGAGACCAGAGGGCAACUGCAAUGGGACUCUUUUCAUAUACGACACACCUGUGUACAUUCUGUCACCUGGAUACCCCGAUUCCUAUCUGAGCAAUCUUAACUGUGUCAUAAUGAUGGGGAAAAUAACAGAACCACAGAACAUGAGGCUUGACGUGCUAUCUUUAGAUAUAGAAGGCGACUACCCCCAGUGUGAUAAUGACUCUGUAACUCUGUAUGGAGGGUAUAACGGGUUAGAAAACACAAUCGGAGAAUUUUGUGGAAAUUCAACAACGUCACCAGUUGGUCCCUACUAUUCAAAUGGUUUCUUUAUGACAUUGGUAUUCAAAACUGGCAGUGAUACCAGCGGAACGGGCUUCCGGCUCAGUGUGUCUCCUACUUCGCGUAAAGUGGUUCCUCCUCCUACUAAAGUUUGUGGUCCACGAUUUCUCAAUGCAACUACAUAUCCAAACUUUCUCCAGUCUCCAGGAUACCCUGUGAUGUCUCAAAACAAUUUAGACUGUAUUUGGGUAAUCACGGCGUCUAAACCUCAAAUGAUGGUGCGCAUCGACGUCAUUGACUCGGAUGUACAGACGGAGUCAUGGGAUUACCUAAGCUGCAAAUAUAGCCGCGUCACAGCUUACAAUGGACCUUCCAUAAAUAAUGAUACUAUAUUAUUCUGGUGUGGUGUGUCAAGACCGAGUCUCCAGAGUACUGGACCAGCUAUGACAGUUCAGUUCACUACACAGUAUUCAAAUGACAAGAGAGGCUUCAAACUGAAAUAUGUUGAAACUAAUGAGACAUUCAGGUGCGGAGGAAUAGUCAACGUUACCACAAAUGAAGAUACAAUCUUGGCAGGGCCAUUUCUAAAUUCACAAGACUGCCGCUGGACUAUACGCGCACCAACAGGCACAAACAUCCAGGUUAAUAUCACUAACGUGAAAAUAAUCUUCCCGCCUGCAUCAUCAAAAUGCGAUAUGGGCUACCUGGAACUCUACGAUGGUAACAAUGAUGGCUCCACUACUCCAGGGAGGUGGUGUGGUAGACAUGACAGUCAAUACAUCAGUUCGGGAAAUACCAUCACCGCCAGAAUGAACUCCGGCGGAACCGACCGAUACGAAGGAUUACAAAUCUAUAUGAAGGCUGGACACUUCCCUGUGUCCUCAAACAAGAUUCUCUCAGCUUCGGUUUUGGAUGAAUAUCUUACGUCGCCAAACUAUCCAUUUGAUUGCCCAAGAAUCACGGAGUCCACGUGGAAGAUUGAAGGGGGUGAUCUGGACAACUGGAAGAUCAAAAUCACCGUUUUGAACUCAACCCUAGACAAUUCUGAUGGUUGUGACAAUGACUACGUGGAAGCCUUUGAUGGCUCGGACUCGAAUGCCCCCUCUCUUGGCCGCUGGUGCGGGGAAAAUACACCAACCAAAACCGGCUCUGCUUCUACAAUGUUCCUGAAAUUCAAGUCUAAUUCAACUCACAAUCUCGGCAGAGGAUUCAAGAUCCGCUAUGUUAUAGAACUUAGGGGAAUCGAUACUGGCUUCUCGAUACUUGGGGUUAUUGUUGGGUGUUCUGUUGCGGGCGGAAUUGCACUACUAACAUUCAUAGGCCUCUUUGUGCGACAUAUGCUGGGGCGAGCCACCGGAGCCAAACAGCCACUUAUAACAAAAAAAUAACAGAAGCCAUCAGGCACACAACGAUAUCCAGUCUCCAGUCUUCCCAGGACCGAUUGCCAUACAGAGAUCAAUCGCAGUUUAUAUCUUAUGUCUAGUUACUGUGCAGUGUAUAUAAAUAAUGGGGCUAAAUUUACCCCAAUCCUAUAUUUUGAAAAUAGUAUAAUGCGUCCUUUACAGUCAUUUGAUUUUCAGGCAUUUUUCUUUCUGUGUUGUUACAGAUUAAUAUUUUCAAUUUAAUCAGUUUCCGUGUUUGAAAUUCAGAGUGAGUGUCCGUUUAAAUGACACUGGUAGUUGUUGUUUACAUGCUCGUUAAUUUGUUCAAGGACAAAGCUCAAUGCUCUGUAAUCAUAUGAUAUCUCUUGUUUAGAACUUCCUGCUAUUGUUCACCUAUAGAAUUAGGUAGGUGGCACAAAAAUCAACACGAAGAAGGAAUGGGUAACCUCUGUUACACGUGUGAUGUUAGCGAUGAAUUUCAUAAUAUUUGUCUCUGCUCUUUCUUCAAACAUCAGGAGGAGUGCGAUUUUCUGUGUAGCUUAAUACGUCAAUAAAUAUAGAUUCGUAAAUGAAA